AUGGCAAAGAACAUCGACUCCUUCGAAAAACUUGCGACCCGAAUUGGACGUUUGCGGAUGAGAAGAUGUGGUCCAACCCCAGCUUUGACUAUUUUCGACGCUUACGCGCCAACAUCAAGCUACAAGGAGGAAGAAGUGGAAGCUUUCUAUAUGGAUCUAGAUAAGUUUUACAGAGAAACCCUAGCUUCCAGGUCAUUGUUGGUGAUUUUAACGCCAAAAUUGCCCCGAGAAGAACGCCUGAGGAACUUCACAUCAGGACCCACUGCCUACAAUGGAGCGUGCAGAGGGAGAGAUUUUACGGACACUGGACGUGGAAGUCACCCGGUAGAAGGUACUGUGAUGAAAUUGGCAGCAUCAUCGUCAGUAGAAGUUCUACAUGACGGAUUUUGCUGCUGUGCCAAAAUCCUGUACCGAAUCUGA